AAAUCGUGAAAGCAAUAUGAUUCGUUAUAAAUUUUUAUUAUUUUUAAUUCUGUUACCCAUAUUAACAAAAUCAAAAAAUGUUCGUCCAAACUAUCCAUCAUCGUUUGAAGAUGAUGAAAAUGCACCAUUGCCCUUUUUGGAUCAAGUAGCACAAGCAGACACAUGGAAAUCGCAAAAUCGAGUAAUAUCGGCUACAUACUCUGGAGAUCCACAAACAGGUCGCGUUGAUCAUGCGAAUCUGGUUAUUAAUGUGGUACCACGCGCAAAUGGAAAGCCAGCCGAUGUUGAUUUAUACGCUUCACAAACUUUGGCCAAUGCAAAAACGGCCGAAGAUUAUGUGAACAAAGCACUCGAAAUGAAAAAUAAAUAUGAACACACCACACCGUCUUCAUCGUUUGUAAAAUAUGAUAUUUAUGAAGCGGAAAAAACCAAAUUGAUGCCAGUCAUAUCGACGCCGAGCCACGUAACUGAACCAAUGUCACACAAAGAAGAUAUUUCCGAUAUGGCCAAAUCGGCCAGUGAUUAUUCCAGUGAGUUUUCAUUUGACCAGCCACAAGAAUAUGUGCAUCAAACCACAACAACAACGUACAAGCAUCCAGCAUUAUCCACUCAUUUCAAAGACUUGGAUUCGUCCAAUUCCAACUAUAAUCAAAAUUACAAUUAUUUAUCGUCCAUCCAACACCACUAUGAUCCAUAUGAUUCGAUUAAAAACCUGCAUUCAUACGAUCCCAUCAAACACAUAAACCAUGAUAAUCGCCAAAAUAUGGAUGAUGCGAUGCGCAAAUUGGUCGGAUACCCAAGCAAAGAGGAUAUGAUCAAGUACAUUGAACGAGCCGUGAAAAAGUACCUUAAAGAAUUGGAUUUACCUGGAAAAUUGCAAUCACCGUCACCAUCGUUUGCACCCUCAUUCCCAUUUUCGUCAUCUUCGUCAUUUUCCCCAUUGAGCGGAUCACCAAGUGCACAGGCUGAAAUCAAAACCUAUUAUCGUUUCCCAUCGUCGACAACCGCCAGCCCAAUCGAAUCAACGAAAUUGUACAGCGCUGGAAUCCAUUCGGAAUUUUUCAAGCCCAGCAAAGGUAGUGCUUCGAAACCGACCUACGCUACAGUGAAACCAUUCGUAAUUGAUUCAUAUUCUCCGGAUGGUGUUGAUUUGACCAUACCGAGCAUUACGAGCAAGAAGCGGCCAAAACCACUCGAUCUAUCAGCUCUUGAUGUGGGCCAAUCGUGGCAACACUCGACAUCAUCACACCAAGAACCCCCAGUCACUUAUCGCAAGAAGAAGAAGUCAAAACUUCAUUUGAAUUCACAAACUUAUCACGACAUAAACGCUCUUCCAUAUUUACCGAAUCGCGGACUCAUCUACGAUGAAUACAGUCCAUUUUCAACGGCAACGUCGAUCAUUGAUCACCCCAGCGGCAGCAGCCAUUAUUCAUCGCACAAGGAUCAUGCGGUAGGCGCAUCAAUUUCGUUUGGCGAUCAUGCACACGGCGAACACCGUCACCGUCAUCGGCACCAUGGCAAAGGACAUCACCAUCAUCAUCAUAGUUCACAUUCGCACCACAAUGACGACGAGAAAUCAGCAUUUGUUCCUUCAAUGCAAGUAGUCAACGGCAUUCCCGUCCAAAACCCAUAUAAAUUCAAUAUGGAUUCAUUAAAUGACAUAUUUGACAAUAAUGCAGACAAAUCGAAAUUUUCAUAUACCGAAGACUUUGGUCCGUCCACUGGAGCGAUUUGGAAUCCAUACAACAUCGACCUGAACUCACUCACCAAAGACAACUCGGGCAGCGGCAGCAGUACCAGUUUCUCAUUCGACAGCUAUAAUCCCAAGUUCAAUAACAAUCCGGAGGAUUCAUUUUUCGAAAAUUAUCGAUUCGGCGUCUCUGAUUGGGAAACCGAUUAUUCACCUCGUCAACGGGGCACCAUCGGCUCUGACAUGUUUACAAGUGGCUCAGCGCCACGAUCGAAGAAAGUCACAUCGCCGAACAGUAAACGAGCUGUUACAAAAAUUAUUGCGAAACCAAAGCAACGAACUCCAAAGCGAAUCACCCCCAAUAAAGAACCGGAUAGAGAUUUAGUGCCACCACCAAAGAAAUAAGCACCAAAUUUAUCACGAAUGUAAUUUAAAUACCAAAGAUAGAAGAGAGAUAUGUAUUUGUAUAUUUCGAAUAUUCAUUAUCGUUUAUUAACAUUCAGGAACAUUUUUGGUUAAACGAAGUCAAUUGCAACCAAAUUUCGUAUCAGUAGAGCUGGAAUUAUUCACCAGCAGAUUGCGUACGCUGAUACCGCGCGAAAAUUCAAAGUCUGUAAACCACAAGUGAAAAAGCACAAUGAAAGAAAACUUGCCAUUAUUUAUAUAUCUAUUUAGCGCUAAAUUUCCAUGGCUCAUCAUUUAACUCGCGAUCACUCGUAAAUGUAUCAAGCGUAUCAUUCGCAUCUCGAUCUAGACUUCUAUUCGAAUUUAUUGACGUGAAUUCUUACUUAAAAUUCGAACAAAUAAACCAAAAACUCACUCAAUCACUCACUCGUUGGUUUUCAUUGUGCUUUUCAUUGUGAUCUUUUGAUGCAGAAUAAAUUCAGCACCUUUUGCUAGUGCUAGACCAAAUAAUUCGGUGUAACGACUAUUUAACAUAAUUAUUAUAAUUCGCGUCAAUUUUGUACAGAAUUUUAGAAUGAAUUAAGAGUUAAUGGAGUACUUAGGUUUUUAGAAAUAAAAAAUUUAUAGUUCAAUUAAAGAUGAAUCAA